AUGGCAUCAAUCGAGCAGACAUGGAGCCUUGCCGGCAAGGUCGCCGUUGUUACCGGCUCAGGCCGUGGUAUCGGAAAGGCGAUGGCCAUUGAGCUGGCCAAGCGUGGCGCAAAGGUCGCCGUCAACUACGCCAACGCCGUCGAGGGAGCUGAGCAGGUUGUCAAGGAGAUCAAGGCCCUUGGUAACGGCUCAGAUGCCGCUGCCUUCAAGGCUAACGUUGGCAACGUCGAGGAGUCUGAGAAGCUGAUGGAUGACGUUGUUGCCCACUUCGGCAAGCUCGACAUCUGCUGCUCAAACUCUGGUGUCGUCUCAUUCGGUCACUUCAAGGACGUCACACCCGAGGAGUUCGACCGUGUCUUCACCAUCAACACCCGUGGUCAGUUCUUCGUCGCUAAGGCGGCGUACAAGAGGAUGGAGAUUGGUGGUCGCAUCAUCCUUAUGGGAUCCAUCACUGGUCAGGCCAAGGGUGUACCCAAGCACGCUGUCUACUCCGGCUCAAAGGGUGCCAUUGAGACAUUCACCAGGUGCAUGGCUAUCGAUGCUGGCGAGAAGAGGAUCACUGUCAACUGCGUUGCACCCGGUGGCAUCAAGACCGACAUGUACCACGCAGUGUGCCGCGAGUACAUUCCCGGUGGUGAGAAGCUCUCCAAUGACCAGGUCGACGAGUACGCCUGCACAUGGUCCCCUCACAACCGUGUCGGCCAGCCAGUAGACAUUGCCCGUGUCGUCUGCUUCCUUGCUUCUCAAGACGGUGACUGGGUCAACGGAAAGGUUAUUGGCAUUGAUGGCGCUGCUUGCAUGUAA